AUGGUUGAAUUAACAUUAAUAUUAAUAGUUUUAAUCUUUGUGAUUAACGGAAUAUUUAUGGCUAAUAUGGUGAAAAACUAUUGUGAUGUAAAUUUAUGUGGAACAGCAAGGAACACAGCUUGCAAUAAUACAGGGCAAUUAAGCACAUCAUGUCCAGUAGGAACAAAGCUAUUUACAUUUACUGCUGCUCAAAAACAACUCAUGGUAGACACGAUCAAUAGCUAUAGAUCUAAUCUUGCUCUCGGAGCUUCCAUUAAUGCACCGGGUGAUAAUUUCCCAAUGGCAAGUCAAAUGAAUAAAUUACAAUGGGAUGUUGAACAGGAAUUCAUGUCAUCCUUGCAAGUUAAAACAUGUGCUUCUCAUGAUCCAUGCAAAAAUACCUGGUACAACACAUCAUUCUUCAACAUUCCCAUGUUUGCUGGUCAAAAUAUCUACUAUGAAAGUACGUACGCUCCACUAAGACCGCCUUUAACAUCAACAAUAACAAAUGCAGUUUUCGCUUGGUACAAUGAAAUUAUUGUAGCUCCAGUUGGUAUUGCUGAUUUUGUACAAACUGUUCCAGGCCGUGAAAUUGGACACUUCCUUACAAUGUGCCAUGAUCAGACGCAAAGAGUUGGAUGUACUGGAAGUCAAUAUGAGAAGUUGGAUAGAUUUGGAACUAACAGAUUCACUCAAAUUACUUGUAAUUUUGAUAAAGCGCCAUUUUUGACACUUCCAUUGUAUAAGAAAGGUGAAACUUGUGCUGGAUGUCUAAACACUUGUGAUUGGGAAAGUGACUCACCUGGACUGUGUGAAAUUGAUCCUAAUAGCUUUGCGAAUACUUAUUAUUUUUGAAUACUUAUUAUUAUAAAAUCAGUGCUUCUUAAACUAUGACCUAGAUCAGUUUUGUCCAAACUGUGUGCCACGGCACACUGGUGUGCCUUAGAAUUUUUUUGUAAAUGACGCGACUUUGGUAAUGGCUUACCCUAAUGUGUGCCGUGACUCAAAAAAGUUUGGACACCACUGACCUAGAUUCUAGAACAU